AUGGCUAAAAGCAAAGGGCCCUCGAAACACUCCCGCGCCGCGCGCCGCGCCACAUCCCCCUCCAUCGACACGGACAAGUCCCUCAAGGACAUACCGCUGCCCAAGCGCAGCACCUCGAGCGCGCCGCGGCCCUCGGUCCUCGCCGUCCACCGCGCGGCGGGCAUUUCGAAAAAGAGCAAGCCCGUGCGCAAGUCCCGCCUGACGAGCAAGAUGCGCAAGCGCCACGAGAAGGGGCUCGAGAUGGCCGAGGCCGUCACGGAGCGGACCGGCAAGAAGAUUGAGCAGAGCAUCGGACGGGCCAAGAACGUGCAGAGGAGGAGCAGGACCUGGGAGGACAUCAACAAGGACGCUGUCGAGGGAGGCGCGGGCGAUGAGCAGACGGGCGGGAGUCGCUUUGGCGCGCUGAUGGAGGAGGCGGAUGACGACGACGACGGCGAUGCUGUCGAGGAUGAGGAUGGGUUCAAUCCCGCGAAUCCGGGGGCAAGUAAGCCGGCUGCUAUUACGGACGAUGACGACGACGAGAUUCUGUGA